AGCGUAUUAGCACGAAUGCAUCCACGUACGUCGAUCGGAUGACCUCGGCAAUUCCGUUUCGCCAUCUACUUGGCAACAUAAAGCGCCUGCCCAUGUUCGGUCGAAGUUGUCUCCUUCCCUUCCUGUUGGUAUCCGCCUUCCGCAGACGCCCUCGUAGAGAGGUCAGCAUUUGAUCCCCAUUCCUUGGGGACCCGUACCCCGUGAUCCAACAGCCAUAGGCAGGAUGAAACUCCACGACUGGGUGGUAGCCCCGGACCUCGAGUCAAUCGAGAGAGCGCACAAAGAGCAACUUCGCGAUAUGGAGAACGCUAUCGUCGCGUGCUGUUGCGCACUGCAGGGGACGCGCGACGAUGAUUCACGACUCCCAGAUUAUGCGCUUGAGCUGGCUUUCCAGCUCGCGCGGCGAUACACGUAUUUCGGUGAGGUCCUGGAUCUUGAACAGGCUGCCGAUAUCUGCCGGUGGGGGCUCCGUCACGACCAACUCUCGAUAACUUCACGUGUCGCCCUCCUCGAUCGUCUCGGAGAGGCUGUCGGGCACCUCUGGCGGCACGAUCGGCAAAGCUCUCAUAUAGACGAUGCACUAGCCGCGCAUGUGGAAUCAUCAGCCCUCCGGCGAGUUCAUGACCUCGACGAAUCUCAUAACGUACAUUGCUUGGGAAACGCCACACUCAAAUUAGCUUUCUCCAGCCCUCAUCCGUCCUCCGGGUUACACGAGGCUCUUGCUCUCUUCAAGCAAGCGGCCCGUAUGACCAAGUUGAAAGAGUCUCGCGCAAAAUCGUUAAUCUUCGCAUGCGAUACUAUCCCCUUAAUCUUCGAAAUCGCAGGAGACAACCGAUUUGCAGAAGGCUUGGAGUUGAUCAAGGAAGCAAUGGAUUUGAUUACACAAGACGACCCGCUUUUUGGAUUGGCACUCCUCUCACUGGGAAAGACGCUGUGGAAGUCAUUUCAGUCUCAAAAUAAUCACGAUUCCGUAGAGGAUCUCAAAACGGCUUUGAUCGUACUACGGAAUGCAAGCAACGUUAGCGCCAUCACAUCCCCGGCGCUUCACCGACACGCGACCCAUAUCCUAGGGUGGGCGUUAUUAACCAGCUUCGAAGAAACGGGCAACUUGGAUCAUCUCGACGAGGCGAUGAAACUGGCACGCAUGGGACUGGCCACUUUCGAAGCUGGGUCGGUCAAUAGGACUGUCGCAGUCCGCAAGCUCCAGUUCUGCCUGCGCCGUCGCUACGGAAGAUUGGGCCUUCCACACGACCUCGACGAAUCAAUCGUGCUGGGUCGCAUGGCUCUGGAUACGUCACCUCCGGGGGACUUCGAAAGACCAUCAACUCUCUGUUUUCUCGCAUCGAGCCUACUGCAAAGAUAUGCCCGGUCACACUCUGAGGACGACCUGGGAGAAGCUAUGCAUCUGUCCGAGGAAUCCAUAACCCUAGCUCAAGACGUCGACUCUGCCAAGUGUCUACGCACUCUCGGUGAAGCCCGCUUAUAUCACGCGGUCGAUAUUUCACAGAACAUUGACGAGCUGCACGAGGCGAUAUCAGUCUUGAGGAAGUCGUUGUCGCUCAUUGCCGAUGAUCAGAUCGGCAGGAUCGAAACAAUUGAUACUCUCGCCACUGCCCUCCGUGCACAGGCACAGCGGACGAAAAGUGUUAUUGAUUUGGAGGAGGCAGUCUCGUGUCGCCGCAGAUCCCUCUCCGACAUCCCUCCUGUCCGACCAGAUUAUCCACAUAUGCAAGCUCUGCUCGCGGACGACCUUUUGGCCUUACAUGAACUGGCAAACCGGCCAGGCGACCUCAACCUCUGCAUGUCGUUCUUCCGAGAUGCCGUCACCAAUCCGUACGGUAAUCCGCGGGACUCGUUACAAUCCGGAAAGCGAUGGAUAGAUGCGGCGACGCGUCACGAGCGGAUCAGUGACAUCUCCGAGGCCCAUCACCACACCAUCGGUCUCCUACCUCGAUUAGCAUACAGCGGGUACGAUGCAGCAACACGGCUGCAAUUCAUGAGGGAGACUCCGGGGUUAGCACUCGGAGCAGCCAACCACGCGCUCCGGUACUCGAACGCAGAAAGGGCGAUCGAGUUUCUAGAACAAGGCCGAUCCGUCUUGUGGAGUCGGGCGCUUCAACAUCGAUAUCACUUCCGCGAUCUUCCACCUACCCUCUCUUCACAGCUCAAUGCUAUCACCGCCAAGUUGGAACGGCCGAUUGGUGUCAAGUUGGCGGGAGGUAUGACGGGCGACUGGGAGAUGGCCCAUCGUCGUCGCUUGAUUGAUGAGUUUGACUCGGCACUGGUGCAGAUAAGGAGAACUCCGGGCUUUGAGAGGUACCUUCUACCGAAGAAGUACAGCGCGUUACGAGCUGCAGCUGCCAAGGGACCAAUUGUAAUCCUGCUGCCCGGCAAAGACCUAUCGCAUGCCAUCAUCAUCAGUCCCCGGAACGAAUUACAACCUCUCCCUCUGCCAAUCACGACUGAGCGCCUGGCCGAACUGGCCGGUACCUUGUCGGGCGAGAAUUCCGUCGCAAAACGGCGCAAUGCGUCUUCUUCUCUGGACACCGAUCGUCUUUCCCUCCUCAAAAAGCAGGUUGCCAAGAAAAAGGUCGACUCGGAGGACGCAUACGUUGACAUCCUCACAGAGCUAUGGCAAAAAGUGGUACAUCCUGUGAUUAACCGUCUGAGAUACGAGGCCUGCGCUCUCGAUGAGAGACCUCGGCUUUGGUGGUGUCCCACUGGUCAUUUCACCUUCCUUCCUAUCCAUGCCGCUGGGGUGUACGAUGCUAGCUCCAUGAGCCAAUGCGCAUCGGACUACGUCAUCUCAUCCUACACGCCAACGCUGGAGACGCUCAUGAAUGCACGAGAAGAAUUCCAUCGCUUAUCCGAUCAGCUAUCUCCGCGACUGCUGCUUGUUGGCCAGCCCGAGGCCCCUUAUUGCCAACCACUGCCGAAGACGGUGGACGAAGUCCAGGCGGUCAAAGACAUAAUCUCAUCCUCGAGGUUGAGUGAUUCUGGCAGGUCCUGGCAACAAGUGAGUAUUCUUAGUCAAGAUGCCACGACGAAGCACGUUCUGGAGGAGCUGCCGGGUGCAUCCAUCGUGCAUCUGGCUUGCCAUGGUUUCCAGAACCACGAGGACCCGUUCAGGAGCGGAUUUGUAAUGAUUGACGGGGUUCUGACGGCAUCUCACCUUAUGGACCUCAAGCUGCCCCAUGCUUUCUUCGCAUUUCUGAGCGCUUGCGAAUCUGCGAUGGGCGAUCAGAAUUUGCCAGACGAGACCCUGCACCUCGCAGCGACGAUGAUGUUUGUUGGCUUCAAGAGCGUCAUUGGGACGAUGUGGUCCAUGAACGACUUUGACGGGCCAGAGGUCGCCACAGCCGUGUACCGCGACCUUUUUGGAGAGCGCCAAUCGGACGAGCUGGACCCAGAAAAAAUCCCAAGGGCUCUCGACGCUGUGACUCGUCGAAUGAGACAAGCAGGCUUACAUCCCUCACGAUGGGCGACCUACAUUCACAUGGGAAUCUAG